CGGUAUUCGACGUGGCGGCCUCCGUGGAGCCGCCCCCGGCACGGCCGCCCGGCCCAGCCCAGAAGGCGGACACAGGCUGCACCAGCCGCAGCUACUUCGUCAACCCCCUCUUCGUGGGGGAGGCCGAGGCCUGAGCCCACCUGCUGUCCGCGUCACCAGGGCCAACGAGGACUUGGAGCCUCCAUCUCCCUCGGCAGACUCCCUCCUCCCGCCGCCAAGUGCAGGGCGGCCAUGUGCAAUAAAGUGGCUUCAGUUCCCA